CCAACCAUUUUUGUGUGCCUGCGUAAUCAGUAACUCAUUAACUAUUGCGAAAAUUGCAAAACCGUAAAGGAUUUUUCUGUUCAGAUUAAUGCGCUCUAUCUGCUUGUAAAUGUUGUCUGCAGUUUUACACGACACUCAUAUAUGUAACCUAUUAAAGAAUAUAUUAGUAUAUGUAACACUACAAUAUUAUUUGGUUCCUGUAGAUUUUUUAUCUUUCUCUUCUUUCAAAUUGCCAUUUGAAGCGCGAAGAAAACGAGAAGUGUAAAUUACCAAAUCUGGUAUUAAAACAUAUGGGCGAUCGUUGGAGUGGACCGCACCGAAAACGGCCGGCAUUGACGAGAUCGAGCCGAGAAUGCGCGGACGGAGCGGGAAAAGGAGUCAGAAAAAAAUGCUAUGCGCUAUUUUGAAUUUCGGAAAGCCUGCGCCUCCGUGAUCUGCGUUGAUGUUGCGAGUCGUAAACGUCCGCGGGGCGCCGGAACGACGACGGGGCCGCUUUUAUCGCCGCAGCACGGAGAGACGCGCAGUGCUCGAACGGACACGCUCGGAAUCGAUUUUCCGACGGUGGUGGUUCUACCGUCGACCGCUCGCGGGCUUACCGCGCGUUACGUUUACUCCACCUUUCGCGGGAGAACUCCCGCGAUUCCUCCCGCCGGAGCUACUGCUCCGUUACCUCGGUAGAUAUCGUCGUGAUUACGCGACGACGAUUUCGCGUCGUCGGUAUGACAUCAGGAUUGCAUUCGUACCUUGGUUCUCAGCGGCAAGCCCGUGAUCGAAGAUAUCGGGAUUCCGAGCCGUGGACCGUGGUUGCGAAUUAACGAGCGGAAGUAUAAGCGAAGCGGGGACGGCGAGAACAACGGCGACAACGGUGGCGGUGCCAACGGUGGCGAGGGUGAAGAGGGUGUGAGACAACGAGAGGGUGAAUCGGCAGAGCGACAGAGCGAACAAGAAUGACGGGCGAGGACGGAAAACGCAGUGGCGACACCGGCGACGUUACCACCGAGACGAACAUGAACACGAACGUCACCGACAACGCGAAUAACGUUAACGCUAAUGUUAACGCCAACAUAAACGUCAGCCAGCAGAACGGCGAACCGGAAAAGGCUCCCGUAGUCGGCGGUACCAACGUGGAAACGCUACCACGGGCCGGAAAACAGAGUGAUCCUAGUACUGCAUUUUUGCGGGCAGCUCGUGCUGGACAACUCGAGAAAGUCUUGGAAUACUUGGAAUCCGGAGUAGAUAUUAACGCUUCUAAUGCCAAUGGCUUAAACGCUUUGCAUCUGGCAGCUAAGGACGGCCACUUGGAAAUCGUGAGAAAACUCCUAAAUCGCGGCGCAAUUGUGGACGCCGCUACCAAAAAGGGAAACACGGCAUUACACAUAGCUUCGCUUGCUGGACAAGAGGAGGUUGUACAAUUGCUGGUAGCACGAGGUGCUUCUGUAAACGCACAAUCGCAAAAUGGGUUCACGCCUCUGUACAUGGCUGCUCAGGAGAACCACGACUCGGUGGUCAAGUUCCUCCUCAGCAAGGGUGCAAAUCAAACAUUGGCCACCGAGGACGGUUUCACUCCAUUGGCGGUGGCUAUGCAACAAGGUCACGACAAGGUAGUAGCCGUUCUAUUAGAAAAUGACACACGUGGUAAAGUUCGACUGCCUGCUCUACACAUCGCCGCUAAGAAAGACGACUGCAAGGCGGCUACUCUACUUUUACUAAAUGAUCAUAAUCCCGAUGUAACAUCGAAAAGCGGUUUUACGCCGCUUCACAUAGCCGCACAUUAUGGCAACGACCGAAUCGCUUCCUUGCUUUAUGAGAAAGGCGCAGAUAUUAAUUUUGCGGCAAAGCACAAUAUCACACCAAUGCACGUGGCGGCGAAAUGGGGUAAGAUUAAGAUGGUUAAUCUCCUCAUGAGCAAGGGAGCAAACAUCGAAGCGAAAACGAGAGAUGGUCUAACUCCUCUGCACUGCGCGGCCAGGUCCGGCCAUCACGAAGUAGUUGACAUUCUCAUCGAAAAGGGGGCACCCAUUGGCUCAAAAACGAAGAAUGGUCUUGCCCCGUUACACAUGGCUUCUCAAGGGGAUCACGUUGACGCCGCGAGAAUUUUGUUAUAUCACCGUGCACCCGUGGACGAAGUCACGGUGGACUAUUUGACUGCGCUACAUGUGGCUGCGCACUGCGGCCACGUACGCGUAGCCAAGCUACUUCUUGAUAGAAACGCCGAUCCCAACGCGCGAGCGCUCAAUGGAUUUACCCCUCUUCAUAUCGCGUGCAAGAAGAAUCGUAUUAAGGUCGUCGAACUCCUCCUAAAGCACAAAGCAAGCAUCGAAGCUACGACUGAGUCCGGAUUAACUCCAUUGCAUGUAGCGAGUUUUAUGGGAUGUAUGAAUAUCGUGAUUUACUUAUUGCAACACGAAGCUAGUCCCGAUAUACCGACAGUGAGAGGCGAAACGCCGUUACACUUAGCUGCCAGGGCGCACCAAACUGAUAUUAUUAGGAUACUUCUUAGAAACGGUGCCCAAGUCGAUGCUAGAGCAAGAGAGGAACAGACACCGCUUCAUGUCGCUUCUCGCCUAGGUAACGUCGAUAUUGUGAUGUUAUUGCUGCAGCAUGGUGCGGGCGUAGAUGCUACAACGAAAGAUUUAUAUACACCGCUUCAUAUCGCUGCUAAAGAAGGCCAAGAGGAGGUUGCAUCCGUUUUAUUAGAAAAUAACGCCUCGCUUACCGCAACGACCAAGAAAGGAUUUACUCCCUUGCAUUUAGCGGCCAAGUACGGCAAUAUGAACGUAGCCCGAUUGUUACUACAAAAGAAUGCGCCUGUUGACGCUCAAGGAAAGAACGGAGUAACGCCUCUUCAUGUGGCCUCUCAUUACGAUCAUCAAAACGUGGCUUUACUUUUACUUGAUAAAGGAGCUUCGCCACAUGCCAUGGCUAAAAAUGGCCACACACCAUUGCAUAUCGCUGCACGCAAAAAUCAGAUGGACAUUGCAACUACUUUGCUAGAAUACGGAGCGAAAGCUAAUGCAGAAUCAAAGGCUGGUUUUACGCCGUUACAUUUGAGCGCACAAGAAGGCCACACUGAUAUGUCAACCCUUCUUAUCGAGCAUAAAGCAGACACAAAUCACAAAGCGAAGAAUGGUCUUACGCCCCUACAUUUAUGCGCACAAGAAGAUAAAGUGAACGUCGCUUGCAUUCUUGUGAAGAAUGGUGCUCAGAUCGAUGCUAAAACUAAGGCUGGAUACACGCCAUUACAUAUGGCGUCUCACUUUGGUCAGGGAGCUAUGGUACGAUUCCUUCUAAGAUCUGGUGCUGCCGUUGACAGCAGCACCAAUGCUGGCUACACUCCUCUCCAUCAAGCUGCGCAACAAGGACACACGCUCGUUAUUAAUCUGUUAUUGGAAAGUAAAGCUAAACCGAAUGCUGUAACUAACAAUGGACAGACUGCUCUGGAUAUUGCACAAAAACUCGGCUACAUAAGUGUCAUUGAAACGCUGAAAGUUGUAACAGAGACUGUCAUCACAACAACUCACACCGUCACCAUUGAAGAAAAAUACAGAGUUCAGGCACCCGAAUCCAUGCAAGAGACAUUUAUGAGUGACAGCGAGGACGAGGGCGGUGGUGAUGAAAUCGGCACGGCAGCCAUGAAUGUGUACGGGCAGCCUCCGCACGCGCAACACGUGUACCUUCCUUCUUACUACCAGGGCCAAAUGACCUAUACCCGUGAAGAUCCAAUGCUCAGCGACCAACAGCAGUAUCGAUACAUGACUGUUGACGACAUGAAGUCCAUGGGGGAUGACUCGAUGCGCGUGAACGUGACGGACGACGAGAGAGAUAAUCGACAUUCCGGAGCGCCAACCAUAACAGAGAUGAUUACGAAAGAACAUUAUCAACGUACAAACGCAGCCAAUCUUAAACCAGACAAUGUAGACAUCAAUAGGCAUCCUGUGCAUGUCGGCGAGUCCAUAGAGUCCUUAUGCAUCUCGCUGGCAGCUCUCAGUACCGCAUCGAAGGGACAAGGAAUGUGGAGGGACAGUUUCCUGGUUUCCUUCUUGGUGGAUGCGAGAGGUGGUGCGAUGCGCGGAUGCAGACACAGUGGCGUCCGCGUGAUUGUUCCACCGCGUAAGGCUGCGAUGCCAAUGCGCGUCACAUGCAGAUAUCUGAGGAGAGACAAAUUGACCAACCCACCGCCCUUGAUGGAGGGAGAAGCGUUGGCCAGCCGAAUCCUUGAAUUGGGUCCUGUGGGUGCAAAAUUUCUGGGUCCCGUUAUCAUAGAGGUGCCACAUUUCGCGUCACUGCGCGGAAAGGAACGGGAAAUAGUGAUUCUACGAUCAGACAACGGAGAGACUUGGCGUGAGCACACUUUGGAAGCCAGCGAGGAGGCUGUCCAGGAUGUGCUUAAUGAGAGCUUUGAGGGAGAAGAGUUAAGCCAGCUAGAGGAUCUCCAGACGUCUCGUAUCGUUAGGAUACUCACUGUAGAUUUCCCACAUUAUUUCGCGGUGGUAUCUCGCAUUCGGCAAGAAGUCCACGCGGUUGGUCCCGAAGGCGGCACCGUGUCGUCAUCCGCUGUACCACAAGUACAAGCUGUCUUCCCACAAGCGGCCCUUACUAAGAAGAUCAGAGUCGGUCUGCAGGCACAUCCUAUACCAGCGGAUCUCGUGGCUAAGUUACUCGGAAACAGAGUGGCCGUGUCACCGAUCGUUACCGUCGAACCAAGACGAAGGAAGUUCCAUAAGCCGAUAACUUUAACUAUUCCAGUACCACAGGCGGCGAAUAAAGGCAUGAUCAACCAGUAUUCCGGGGAUGCGCCGACUCUGAGACUCCUGUGCAGCAUAACUGGAUUGAGUCAUUUAGGGGGUCAGACUCGGGCAGUCUGGGAGGACGUCACAGGCUCGACGCCGUUGACUUUUGUGAAAGAUUGCGUUUCGUUCACCACCACAGUUUCCGCCCGCUUCUGGUUGAUGGACUGCCGUAAUAUUUCCGAGGCCACAAAAAUGGCCACGGAACUUUACACGCAUGCAACACAUGUGCCCUUCAUGGCUAAAUUUGUAGUAUUUGCGAAACGGGUAGAUCCAUUGGAAGCGAGACUGCGUGUAUUCUGUAUGACGGACGACAAAGAGGAUAAGACUUUAGAGCAUCAGGAACAUUUUACAGAAGUCGCAAAGAGUAGAGACGUUGAGGUUCUCGAAGGAAAAACGCAAUAUAUGGAAUUUUCUGGAAAUCUUGUACCCGUUCUGAAAACGGGUGAACAGCUACAAUUGCCAUUCAGAGCUUUCAAGGAAAAUAGGGUCCCGUUCACCGCGAGAAUAAAGGAUCCGGAUGCCGCAGAUAUGAUGGGUCGAAUCAUGUUUAUGAGUGAACCUAAGGUUCCGAGAGGUGAAUUGCCGCAGACGCCGAUCUGCACGCUAAAUAUUUUGCUGCCGGAGAAGAUUUCUCCAGAUACCGCAGUCUCCGAACUGGAUUUGUUGGAAUUGUCAAAGAACUACAGCUUCUUACGCGAUGGCGGAAUAAGUAGACCAGAUGCUAUACACAGAGCAACUAUCCGUCUAACAGACAUUGCUAAUCUAUUGGAUAAGGAUUGGGAGCCACUAGCAGAAGAGUUGAAUAUCUCACCCAACGACGUGGCCCUGAUAAAACAAGAAUACUCUGACAAACCCGCACAACAAGCUGCCGCCAUGUUCAAAAUCUGGCAGAACAGUGGAAACAAAGCUACAGGAAACACGUUAGAAAAGGCUCUCAAUAAAAUUGGACGAGAAGAUAUAGUGAACAAAUGUAUCUUCAAUGUUGAGUUAGUCACAGACGACGUUGAAAAAGCUGUGGCGAGAGUAAGACUGGAUCAGCCGGGAUUUGAUUCGCUAAAGGAAGAAUUAGGGCCGUCGAGAAACACGUCACUUCGCCGUGAUGCAACUAUGGAUCCUAAGAUGGACCCUGAUUAUGAAGAGCCUGAUAGAAUGAAGGAUUCUGAAUCGAUCGAGGAUCUCAGUAUCACACGCGAUAAACCCAAAGAGCACAUCACAAUCACAAACGGCACUGUAUUCAACGGAACCUCGACCCCCAUCAAAGACAAAUACGCGAGCGACGAGAAAGAGCUCGGCGACAUGAUGGCUGAUUACCUUGAGCACAAAUGCCACACGACCGACACGAUGAGCAAAAAGUCGCGCGACGAACUGGAUGAUCCGGAGAAAAUACGCCAGAAAGCGAUCGCCGAUGCCAACAAGAUAGUCUCUGGUGUAAUAGCAGACGCAGAGAAAGAGAAGGGGAAGUUAGCGAAGGAAGGGUGGUCGGUGGUUUAUGAUGAUGAUGAUGCGCGGGACAAUAAAGAGGCGCGGGGUGCGAUAGGGCAGACUGUAAUUAACGUUCCCUUAGAUCAGGCGGCCGCUGAGCCGAAGGGUUUCAUUCCCAAAUCAGAGCAAAUCCCUAGUAUUGAACCGCCGAUGGUUAAGCAGCAUCGCGCUGAGACACCAGAUCCCAAAGUUAGCACUUCAAAAACAGUAGUUUCUGUUAGUGGCGAUCCGAAAGUAGGACAGACCGUAAUUACUAAGACUACACUAAUAAAACAGACGCCGACUAAAACCGUGACUACGAAAGAAAUGGUAAUUGUUUCCUCUGAUAAGAAAGACGUUGUUAGCGAAAAAGAAAAAUUAUCUAAGGAGGGUAAGGAAGUCGACGAAAAAUUGAUUCAGGGCGCAGUUUCUACGGGCGUUACACAAAAGACAGCAAAGGCUGAAACUGUAAAAGUCCGUGAUCAGAAAAAACCAGAAGCAAAAGCUCUUUUAGGCAAAGACAAAGAUAAGAAAAAAGAUAAGGAUAAGGAGAAGGAAAAAGACAAAGGCAAGGAGAAGGAGAAAGAUAAAGAUAAGGAGAAUGAGAAGGAUACAGACAAGGAGAAAGAGAAGGAUAAAGACAAAGACAAGGAUAUGGAGAAGGAUAAAGAUAUUAUUAUGAAGACUGCGAAAACAUCGGCUUAUGAAGACGUUUAUAAUGUGCAGCAUUCGGCAGACAGCACAGAAGAAAAAUCAGACGAAGAGACGAAGAAAACGAAGGAUAAAAGCGGCGGAAUAUUUUCGGGAAUUUUCAAAGGUUCCAAAUUGAAGAGAAGCAAAAAAGGUUCGAAGGAUACAUCUUUUGACAGUGGCGACGAGGAAUCGAAGGCUGUCUUAACAAAAGUCUCAGAACGGCAACUGGAACUUCUUUCUAGCGAAGUGACCGACUCGUAUUUUGAUAGUAAGCUACCGGAAAUUACAACCGCAUCCGAUGUAAGAUUGGCUACCGUGGAAUUUUUAGAGGAUUCUAGACGAAUCGCUGCAGGUAUGCAUGCACCUUAUGAAGGUUUUGCUAAACCAGCGGAAAAAGAAGACAAGAAACCAGAGGUUGCCGAGAGCGAUGAUGAUGGCAAGGACAAGACGGGUUUCUUCUCGAACUUGUUUAAAAGUAAGUCUAAAAAGGACGAAGACGCUUUACCUGUUAUUCACGUCGAAAAACCUAAAGAAAGUACAGAGCAAAUUGCGAAGAAAGAAAAGAAGAAGCUAGCAGCAAUUGCGAAAGAAAACGAAGAUCUACUGGACCUACAAAUGAAGGAAAAUGAGAAAGAAGCUGAAGCAUCUAAGAUUGUUGACGCAUCUAGUACAAUCGAAAAAGAAGCGGAGAAAACUGUAAAGACCGGCGCGAAAGUCGUCGAAGAUACUAAAAGCAAAGCACCCGAACAGAUCAUUGCUUCAACGAAUGAACAGCUACCCAGUAAAGAUGAUGAAAAAGAAGAUCAGAUAAAAGAAAAGAGUGGGUUCUUCGGCAUUUUCAGAAGUCCAAAGUCCAAGGAUAAGAAGCUCGUCAAAUCGAAGGAAACAUCCUUCGACAGCGGCGACGAAGAAAUUAAAACUAUAACGGAGAAGCUUUUAGAAGACACGCGGAAAGUUGCUGAUGUUAGUGUGUUACCAAUCGCAUAUAAAAGUGAUGGCACAAAAGUUAUUCCCAAAGAAGAAAUACGCACUUUUAUAUCAACCGCUCAAUACGAUAUUGAUACUCCCGCGGACAAAAUUGGUAAGUCCUACGAUGUUAUUCAAACAAUAAAGGCCGAGAAAAUUAUCCAUGAAGAGAUAAAUGGGACAACGGACAUCGAUAAAGAGAAAGUUCAGAAAAAGGAAAAAAAGGAUGUCGAAAAACCCGCUGGAGAAGUAAAAUCAGAAAUCCGAGAAGAGAAAGUACCCGAGAUGGAAAAAGACAUAGGCGAUGACAUGAAAGAAAAAAGCGGUGGUUUCUUCGGCAUAUUUAAAAGCCCCAAACUUAAGAGCAAAAAGAGAAGUAGAUCACGAGAACAAAGUUCUUCAAAAGAGACCUCUUUCGAUAGCGGAGAUGAGGAAGUUCGACUGGCAACGGCGAAACUUUUAGAGGACACAAGACAAAUGGCAGAAAACCUACAUCAAACUGAAGAAAAAAUAUUGAAGAGUAAAAGUCCACCUAUAGAUGAAGAAAUAAAAAAAUCUAUUAUUCCCGAGGAUGAAACUGUUGAAAAAGAUAAGGGAAGCGGCAUUUUCGGUAUAUUUAGAAGUCCCAAACAAGCGAGGAAUUCCAGAUCCAGGAGUAGAUCUAAGGAGAAGACACCGUCACUCGAACUGCCAGAUAGUGGCCACGAUGAUUUACGAGAAAUAACUGCAAAAUUUUUAGAGGAUUCACGAAAUAUGGCGAAUAUCACAAGCGAAUUACCUGAUUUGAAAGAUAAAGUUCCUAAAGAUGAUGAAUUAACAAUGGAGACAAAAAAAGUUGAUCAACAAAUUAUAACUCAUACAGAAGAUGUUGAUAAAGUCAACAAAGAUGGCAAAGACACAAUUGUUAAAAAAGUAGAGGACAAAACACGUGAUAUUGCCGACACCAUUGAAACGUCAAAAGACAAGACAGUUAAGGAAGUAAAGAAAGUGAAAGAAAAAGGAUCAGGACUCCUAUCAGGAAUAUUCAAAAGUGCAAAGCAUGUCGUGGAAGAAGCAUCCGAUGACGUAAAAGAAUUCAUGGAAGAUACGAAAAAAGAAGCUGAAUUAGAAGAAGAACGUGUCAAAGAAAAAUUCACUACGAAUCUAAAAGAUCUGAAAGAUAAAAAAGACAUUGUCGUUGGUGAAGUUCAAGAAACUGUAGACAAAGCAUUCGAUGAAGCAAAAGAUGUAAAAGAUAAAACAAUUUCUACAAUAAAAGAUAAAAAGGAUAAAGGUGUCGAAGAAAUUUCAAAAGAUACGCAAAAAAUUGCCGACGCGAAGAAAGCAGCCGACGAAAAAUUGACAAAAGAAACAAAGAAAAUUGGAGAAAAAAUAGGAGCAACUACAACAGAUAUCGCACAAGCAGUCAAGGAUACUAAAGACGCAGCAGAAAAAGAAGUAAAGGAAGAUACAAAAUUAAUAAAAGAAAAAUUGACAGUGGGUAGUGAAGCAGCUGCGGAAAUUGCGGACAGUGCGAAGGAAAAAGCGACGAAAGAAACACAGAAAGCUAAAGAAAAAACAAGUUUUUUCUCCGGCAUUUUUAAAGGUGCAAAACACGCCGUAGAAGAUGCAGCUGACGAUGUUAAAGGAUUUAUAGACGAAACAAAGAAAGAAGCUCAGGUAGAAGAAGAACGAGCCAAAGAAAAAAUUUCUGCGGUAUCGAAGGACUUAAAAGAUAAAAAAGAUGCAACGGUAACAAAAGUAAAGGACGCUGUAGAUCAAGCCGCAGCUGACACGAAACAUGCAAAGGAUAAAGUUGUUGAAGAAGUUUCCAAAGAUGCACGAAAAGUUGUUGAUGCUACAAACGCAGCCGAUGAAAAAAUAACAACAGAAACAAAGAAAGUUGGAGAAAAAAUAGAAGAAACCGCGAAAGAUAUUGCACAAGAUGCCAAGGAUACUAAAGAUGCAGCAGCUAAAGAAGUAAAAGAAGGUACAAAAUUAGUGAAAGAAAAACUAGCAGAAGGUGCUGAAGCAACUGCAGAAGCGACGGACGGUGCAAAGGACAAAGCAACAAAAGAAGCGAAGAAAGCUAAGGAAAAAACAACAGGUUUCUUCUCCGGCAUUUUUAAAGGUGCAAAACACGCUGUAGAAGAUGCAACUGACGACGUUAAAGGAUUUAUAGACGAGACAAAGAAAGAAGCUCAAUUAGAAGAAGAACAAGCCAAAGAAAAAACUUCAGCAGAAUUAAAGGACUUAAAAGAUAAAAAAGAUGCAGCGGUAACAAAAGUUAAGGACGUUGCAGAUCAAGCCGCAGCUGACACGAAACAUGCAAAGGAUAAAAUUUUUGAAGAAGUUUCCAAAGAUGCACAAAAAGUUGCUGAUGCUAAAAAAGCAACCGGUGAAAAAGUGACAACAGAAAUAAAAAAAGUUGAAGAAAAAAUAGAAGAAACCGCGAAAGAUAUUGCACAAGAUGCCAAGGAUACUAAAGAUGCAGCAACUAAAGAAGUUAAAGAAGGUAUAAAAUUAGUGAAAGGAAAACUGGCAGAAGAUGCUGAAGCAGCUGCAGAAGCGGCGGACGGUGCAAAGGACAAAGCAACAAAAGAAGCGAAGAAAGUUAAGGAAAAAACAACAGGUUUCUUUUCUGGCAUUUUUAAAGGUGCAAAACACGCUACUGAGGAUGUAUCUCAUGAUGUUAAAGAAUUUUUAGAUGAAACAAGAAGAGAAGCUUCUUUAGAAAAAGAACGUGUUAAAGAAGAUACUGCGGCAGGUCUUAAAGAUUUGAAAGAUAAGAAGGAUGCAGUGGUAACUGAAAUAAAAGACGUUGCAGUUCAAGCUGCAGCUGAUACUAAACAUGCCAAGGAUAAAACAUUUUCUGCUAUUAAAGAUCAAAAGGAUAAAUUUGUUGAUGAAGUUUCUAAAGAUACGCAAAAAAUUGCCGAUGCUACGAAAGCAGCCGCCGAGAAAAUGACAACGGAAACAAAGAAAGUCGGAGAAAACAUAGAAGAAACCGCGAAAGAUAUUGCACAAGCUGCCAAAGAUACUACAGACGCAGCAACUAAAGAUGUAAAAGAAGAUACAAAAUUAUUAGAAGUAAAAUUGGCGGCAGGUGUUGAAGCUGCUGCAGAAACGACAGACAGUGCAAAGGACAAAGCAACAAAAGAAGCGAAAAAAGCUAAAGAAAAAACAACUGGUUUCUUUAGCAGCAUUUUUAAAGGUGCAAAACACGCCGUAGAAGAUGCAGCUGACGAUGUUAAAGAGUUUAUUGAUGAAACAAAGAAAGAAGCUCAGUUAGAAGAAGAACAAGCUAAAGAAAAAAUUUCUGCGGAAUUAAAGGACUUAAAAGAUAAAAAAGAUGCAGCGGUAACAAAAGUAAGGGACGCUGUAGAUCAAGCCGCAACUGACACGAAACAUGCAAAAGAUAAAGUUGUUGAAGAAGUUUCCAAAGAUGCACAAAAAGUUGCUGAUGCUAAAAAAGCAACCAGUGAGGAAGUGACAACAGAAAUGAAGAAAGUUGGAGAAAAAAUAGAAGAAGCCGCAAAAGAUAUUGCAAAAGAUGUCAAAGAUACUAAAGAUGCAGCAACUAAAGAAGUAAAAGAAGGUACAAAAUUAGUGAAAGAAAAACUAGCAGAAGGUGCUGAAGCAACUGCAGAAGCGGCGGACAGUGCAAAGGACAAAGCAACAAAAGAAGCGAAGAAAGCUAAGGAAAAAACAACAGGUUUCUUCUCCGGCAUUUUUAAAGGUGCAAAACACGCUGUAGAAGAUGCAACUGACGACGUUAAAGGAUUUAUAGACGAGACAAAGAAAGAAGCUCAAUUAGAAGAAGAACAAGCCAAAGAAAAAAUUUCAGCAGAAUUAAAGGACUUAAAAGAUAAAAAAGAUGCAGCGGUAACAAAAGUUAAGGACGUUGCAGAUCAAGCCGCAGCUGACACGAAACAUGCAAAGGAUAAAAUUUUAGAAGAAGUUUCCAAAGAUGCACAAAAAGUUGCUGAUGCUAAAAAAGCAACCGGUGAAAAAGUGACAACAGAAAUAAAAAAAGUUGGAGAAAAAAUAGAAGAAACCGCGAAAGAUAUUGCACAAGAUGCCAAGGAUACUAAAGAUGCAGCAACUAAAGAAGUUAAAGAAGGUACAAAAUUAGUGAAAGGAAAACUGACAGAAGGUGCUGAAGCAGCUGCAGAAGCGGCGGACGGUGCAAAGGACAAAGCAACAAAAGAAGCGAAGAAAGUUAAGGAAAAAACAACAGGUUUCUUUUCUGGCAUUUUUAAAGGUGCAAAACACACUACUGAGGAUGUAUCUCAUGAUGUUAAAGAAUUUUUAGAUGAAACAAGAAGAGAAGCUUCUUUAGAAAAAGAACGUGUUAAAGAAGAUACUGCGGCAGGUCUUAAAAAUUUGAAAGAUAAGAAGGAUGCAGUGGUAACUGAAAUAAAAGACGUUGCAGUUCAAGCUGCAGCUGAUACUAAACAUGCCAAGGAUAAAACAUUUUCUGCUAUUAAAGAUCAAAAGGAUAAAUUUGUUGAUGAAGUUUCUAAAGAUACGCAAAAAAUUGCCGAUGCUACGAAAGCAGCCGCCGAGAAAAUGACAACGGAAACAAAGAAGGUCGGAGAAAACAUAGAAGAAACCGCGAAAGAUAUUGCACAAGCUGCCAAAGAUACUACAGACGCAGCAACUAAAGAUGUAAAGGAAGAUACAAAAUUAUUAGAAGUAAAAUUGGCGGCAGGUGUUGAAGCUGCUGCAGAAACGACAGACAGUGCAAAGGACAAAGCAACAAAAGUAGCGAAAAAAGCUAAAGAAAAAACAACUGGUUUCUUUAGCAGCAUUUUUAAAGGUGCAAAACACGCCGUAGAAGAUGCAGCUGACGAUGUUAAAGAGUUUAUUGAUGAAACAAAGAAAGAAGCUCAGUUAGAAGAAGAACAAGCUAAAGAAAAAAUUUCUGCGGAAUUAAAGGACUUAAAAGAUAAAAAAGAUGCAGCGGUAACAAAAGUAAGGGACGCUGUAGAUCAAGCCGCAACUGACACGAAACAUGCAAAGGAUAAAAUUGUUGAAGAAGUUUCCAAAGAUGCACAAAAAGUUGCUGAUGCUAAAAAAGCAACCAGUGAGGAAGUGACAACAGAAAUGAAGAAAGUUGGAGAAAAAAUAGAAGAAGCCGCAAAAGAUAUUGCAAAAGAUGUCAAGGAUACUAAAGAUGCAGCAACUAAAGAAGUAAAAGAAGGUACAAAAUUAGUGAAAGAAAAACUAGCAGAAGGUGCUGAAGCAACUGCAGAAGCGGCGGACGGUGCAAAGGACAAAGCAACAAAAGAAGCGAAGAAAGCUAAGGAAAAAACAACAGGUUUCUUCUCCGGCAUUUUUAAAGGUGCAAAACACGCUGUAGAAGAUGCAACUGACGACGUUAAAGGAUUUAUAGACGAGACAAAGAAAGAAGCUCAAUUAGAAGAAGAACGAGCCAAAGAAAAAAUUUCAGCAGAAUUAAAGGACUUAAAAGAUAAAAAAGAUGCAGCGGUAACAAAAGUUAAGGACGUUGCAGAUCAAGCCGCAGCUGACACGAAACAUGCAAAGGGUAAAAUUUUUGAAGAAGUUUCCAAAGAUGCACAAAAAGUUGCUGAUGCUAAAAAAGCAACCGGUAAAAAAGUGACAACAGAAAUAAAAAAAGUUGGAGAAAAAAUAGAAGAAACCGCGAAAGAUAUUGCACAAGAUGCCAAGGAUACUAAAGAUGCAGCAGCUAAAGAAGUAAAAGAAGGUACAAAAUUAGUGAAAGAAAAACUAGCAGAAGGUGCUGAAGCAACUGCAGAAGCGGCGGACAGUGCAAAAGACAAAGCAACAAAAGAAGCGAAGAAAGCUAAGGAAAAAACAACAGGUUUCUUCUCCGGCAUUUUUAAAGGUGCAAAACACGCUACUGAGGAUGUAUCUCAUGAUGUUAAAGAAUUUUUAGAUGAAACAAGAAGAGAAGCUUCUUUAGAAAAAGAACGUGUUAAAGAAGACGCCGCGGCAGGUCUUAAAGAUUUAAAAGAUAAGAAGGAUGCAGUGGUAACGGAAAUAAAAGACGCUGUAGAUCAAACUGCAGCUGAUACGAAACAUGCCAAGGAUAAAACAAUUUUUGCUAUUAAAGAUCAAAAGGAUAAACUUGUUGAAGAAGUUUCUAAAGAUGCGCAAAGAAUUGCCGAUGCUACGAAAGCAGGCGCCGAGAAAGUGACAACGGAAACAAAGAUGGUCGGAGAAAACAUAGAAGAAACCGCGAAAGAUAUUGCACAAGUUGCCAAAGAUACUACAGAUGCAGCAGCUAAAGAUGUAAAGGAAGGUACAAAAUUAUUAGAAGAAAAAUUGGCGGCAGGUGUUGAAGCUGCUGCAGAAGCGACAGACAGUGCAAAGGACAAAGCAACAAAAGAAGCGAAAAAAGCUAAAGAGAAAACAAGUGGUUUCUUUAGUAGUAUUUUUAAAGGCUCAAAACACACCGUAGAAGAUGCAGCUGACGAUGUUAAAGGAUUUAUUGAUGAGACAAAGAAGGAAACUCAGUUAGAAGAAGAACAAGCUAAAGAUAAAAUUUCUGCGGAAUUAAAGAACUUAACAGAUAAAAAAGAUGCAGCAGUAACAAAAGUGAAGGACGUUGCAGAUCAAGCCGCAGCUGACACAAAACAUGGGAAGGAUGAAAUUGUUGGAGAAGUUUCUAAAGGUGCUCAAAAAGUUGCUGAGGUUACAAAAACAGCCGGGGAGAAAGUGACAACAAAAACAAAGGAGGUCGGAGAGAAAAUAGAAGAAACCGCGAAAGAUAUUGCACAAACUGCCAAGGACGCAAAAGAUGCAGCAAUUGAAGAAGUAAAAGAAGAUACAAAAAUGGUAAAAGAAAAAUUGGAAUCAGGUGCUAAAGCGGCUGUGGAAGCUGUGGACAGUACAAAAGACAAAGCGACGAAUGAAGCGAAGAAAGCUAAAGAAAAAUCAACUGGUUUCUUUACUGGCAUUUUUAAAGGUGCAAAACACGUCGUAGAAAAUGCAACUGACGAUGUUAAAGAAUUUAUGGACGAAACAAAAAAAGAAGCUGAAAUGGAAGAAGAACGAGCCAAAGAAAGAAUUUCUGCUGACCUCAAAGCUCUAAAGGAUAAAAAAGAUACAAUCGCAACAAAAGUAAAAGACGUUGCAGAUAAAGCUGCAGCUGAUGCGAAACAUGUGAAGGAUGAUGCAAUUUCUACUGUUAAAGAUCAAAAGGAUAAAGUUGUCGAUGUUACGAAAGCAGCCGCUGAAAAAGUGACAAGAGACACAAAAGAGAUUAGUGAAAAAAUACAAGAAACCGCAACAGAUUUUGCACAAGCUGCUAAAGAUUCUAAAGAUGCAGCUGCUAAAGAAGUAAACGAAGAUACAGAAUUAGUAAAAGAAACAUUGACAGCAAGUGCUGAAGCGGCUGCGGAAGCUGCGGAUAGUGCGAAGGAAAAAGUGUCAAAAGAAACGAAAAAAGCUAAAGAGAAAACAUCGGGUUUCUUCUCCGGCAUCUUUAAAGGUGCAAAACACGCCGCUGAGGAUACAUCUCAUGAUGUCAAAGAAUUUUUGGAUAAAACAAGAAGAGAAGCUUCUUUAGAAAAAGAACGUGUUAAAGAAGAUACCACGGCAGGUCUUAAAGAUUUACAAGAUAAGAAGGAUGCAGUGGUAACUGAAACAAACGCCGCUGCAGAUCAUGUCGCAUCUGAUAUGAAACGUGCUAAGGAUAAAACAAUUUUUGCUAUUAAAGAUGAAAAGGAUAAAGCUAUUGAGGAAGUUUUCAAAGACACGCAAAGAGUUGCCGAUGCUGCUAAAGCAGCCGAUAAGAAAUUGACAAAAGAAACAAAGAAAAUUGAAGAAAAAAUUGGAGCAACUGCAACAGAUAUUGCACAAGCAACCAAGGAUACUAAAGACGCAACAGCUAAAGAAGUAAAGGAAGAUACAAAAUUAAUAAAAGAAAAAUUGACAGCAAGUGCUGAAGCGGUUACGGAAGCUGCGGAUAGUGCGAAGGAAAAAGCGACGAAAGAAGCAAAGAAAACUAAAGAAAAAGCAUCACGUUUUUUCUCCGGAAUUUUCAAAGGUGCAAAACACAGCGUAGAAGAUGCAGCUGAAGAUGUUAAAGAAUUUAUUGACGAGAGAAAGAAAGAAGGUCAGUUAGAAGAAGAACAAGCCAGAGAAGAAAUUUCUGCGGAACUAAAGGAAUUAAAAGAUAAAAAAGAUGCAACGGUAACAAAAGUAAAGGACGCUACAGAUCAAGCCGCAGCUGACACGAAACAUGCAAAGGAUAAAGUUGUUGAAGAAGUUUCCAAAGAUGCGCAGAAAGUUACUGAGACUACGAAAGCAGCCGUUGAUAAAGUGACAACAGAAACAAAGAAAGUUGGAGAAAAAAUAGAUAAAGCCGCGACAGAUAUUGCACAAGCUGCCAAGGAUACUAAAGAUGCAGCAGCUGAAGAAAUUAAGGAAGAUUCACAAUUAGUAAAAGAAAAAUUAGCAGCAGGUGUUGAAGCAGCUGUGGAAACGGCGGACAGUGCGAAGGAUAAAACGUUAAAAGAAACGAAGAAAGCUAAAGAAAAAGCAACUGGUUUCUUUUCUGGCAUUUUUAAAGGUGCAAAACACGCUUCUGACGAUGCAUCUCACGAUGUCAAGGAAUUUUUGGAUGAGACGAGAAGAGAAGCUUCUUUAGAGAAAGACCGUGUUAAGGAUGAUGUUACCGCAGGUCUUGAACAUUUAAAAGAUGAAAAGGAUGCAGUUAUAACUGAUGUUCAAAAAACUAUGGGGCAAGCUAUUGCUGACGUAAAAGAUGCAAAGGAUAAAACAAUUUCUGCAGUCAAAGACAAAAAGGAUGAAAUUGGGGAAGAAAUUUCGAAAGAAACUAAAAAAUUUGUAGAUACUACGAAAGCAGCCGGUGAAAAAAUUGCACUGGAAACAAAGAAAGUUGAAGAGAAUAUAGGAGAAACGGUCACAGAUAUUGCGAAAGAUAUUAAAGAUACUAAAGAUGAAGCCAUAAGAGAGGCAAAAGAAGAUACAAAAAAAGUAAAAGAAAAAUUGGCGACAGGUAUUGAUGCAGCUACGGAAACUUUAGAUAGCACAAAGAAAAAAGCAUCGAAAGAUGCGAAGAAAGUUAAAGAAAGAGCAAGUGGGUUUUUCUCCGGCAUUUUCAAGGGAGCCAGACACGCCGCUGACGAAGCAGCUGACGAUGUUAAAGAAUUUGUGGAUGAGACGAAAAAAGAAGCUGUGUUGGAAGAAGGGCGUGCUAAGGAAAAAGUUGGUGCAGAUUUAAAAGAUUUGAAGGACAAAAAAGACACAGCCGUUACUGAAGUUCAAGAAGCUAUAGAUAAAACUGGUGAUAAAGCAAAAAUUGUAAAAGAUAAAACGGUUUCUACACUAAAAGACAAGAAGGAUAAAGUUGUCGAGGAAAUUUCGAAAGAUAUGCAAAAAGUUGUGGAUGUUACAAAAGCAGCCGGUGAGAAAGUGACAACAGAAACAAAAAAGGUCGAAGAAAAAAUAGAAGAAACCGCAAAAGAUAUUACGCAAGAUGGCAAGGAUACUAAAGAUGCAGCAACUAAAGAAGUAAAAGAAAGUACAAAAUUGGUGAAAGAAAAACUAGCAGAAGGUGCUGAAGCAGCUGCAGAAGCGGCGGACAGUGCAAAGGAUAAAGCAACAAAAGAAGCGAAGAAAGCUAAGGAAAAAACAACAGGUUUCUUCUCCGGCAUUUUUAAAGGUGCAAAACACGCAGUAGAAGAUGCAACCGACAAUGUUAAAGAAUUUAUGGACGAGACAAAGAAAGAAGCUCAGUUAGAAGAAGAACAAGUCAAGAAAAAAAUAUCAGCGGAGCUCAACGAUGUAAAAGAUAAAAGAGAUGCAGUAGUAACAAAAGUAAAAGACGCUGCAGAUCAAGCCACAGUUGAUAUAAAACAUGCGAAAGAUGAAGCAACUUCUGCUGUUCAAGAUCAAAAGGAUAACGUUGUUGAAAAAGUUUCCAUAAAUGAACAAAAAGUUGCUGAUGCUACAAAAGCAGCCGCUGAGAAAAUGACAACGGAAACAAAGAAGGCCGCAGAAGAAAUAGAAAAAACCAUGAUAGAUACUGCAAAAGCGGCCAAAGGCACUAAAGAUGCAGCAACUAAAGAAGUAAAGGAAGAUAAAAUAUUAAUAAAAGAAAAACUGACAGCAGGUACUGAAGCAGCUGCAGAAGUGGCAGACAGCACAAAGGACAAAGCAACAAAAGAAGCGAAGAAAACUAAAGAAAAAACAACAGGUAUUUUCUCUGGCAUUUUUAAAGCUGCAAAACAUGCCGUAGAAGAUGCAACUGAUGACGUUAAAGGAUUUAUAGACGAAACAAAGAAAGAAGCUCAAUUAGAAGAAGAACAAGCCAAAGAAAAAAUUUCAGCAGAAUUAAAGGACUUAAAAGAUAAAAAAGAUGCAGCGGUAACAAAAGUAAAGGACGUUGCAGAUCAAGCCGCAACUGACACGAAACAUGCAAAGGAUAAAAUUGUUGAAGAAGUUUCCAAAGAUGCACAAAAAGUUGCUGAUGCUAAAAAAGCAACCGGUGAGAAAAUGACAACAGAAAUAAAGAAAGUUGAAGAAAAAAUAGAAGAAACUGCAAAAGAUAUUGCACAAGAUGCCAAGGAUACUAAAGAUGCAGCAACAAAAGAAGUAAAAGAAGGUACAAAAUUGGUUAAAGAAAAACUGAUAGAAGGUGCUGAAACAGCUGGAGAAGCAGCGGACAGUGCAAAGGACAAAGCAAUCAAAGAAACGAAGAAAGCUAAAGAAAAAACAACAGGUUUCUUCUCCGGCAUUUUUAAAGGUGCGAAACACGCUACUGAGGAUGUAUCUCAUGAUGUUAAAGAAUUUUUAGAUGAAACAAGAAGAGAAGCUUCUUUAGAAAAAGAACGUGUUAAAGAAGACGCUGCGGCAGGUCUUAAAGAUUUAAAGGAUAAGAAGGAUGCAGUGGUUACUGAAAUAAAAGACGCUGUAGGUCAAGCUGCAGCUGACACGAAACAUGCCAAGGAUAAAACAAUUUCUGCUGUUAAAGAUCAAAAGGAUAAAAUUGUUGAAGAAGUUUCCAAAGAUGCACAAAAAGUCGCCGGUGCUUCGAAAGCAGCCACUGAGAAAGUGACAACAGAAACAAAGAUGAUCGGAGAAAAAAUAUUAGAAGCCGCAACAGAUAUUACACAAGCUGGCAAGGAUGCUAAAGAUACUACAGUUACAGAAAUAAAGGAUGACGCUAAAUUAGUGAAGGAAAAAUUGGCGGUAGGUGUUGAAGCGGCUGCAAAAGCUGCGGAGAGUGCAAAGGAUAAAGCAACGAAGGAAACGAAGAAAGCCAAAGAGAAAACAACUGGUUUCUUUUCUGGCAUUUUUAAAGGUGCAAAACACGCUGCUGACGAUGCAUCUCACGAUGUCAAGGAAUUUUUGGAUGAGACGAGAAGAGAAGCUUCUUUAGAGAAAGACCGUGUUAAGGAUGAUGUUACCGCAGGUCUUGAACAUUUAAAAGUUGAGAAGGAUGCAGCCGUAACCGGAGUUGAAGGAGCUAUUGGCCAAGCUAUUGCUGACGUGAAAGAUACAAAGGAUAAAACAGUUUUAGCAGUCAAAGAUAAAAAGGAUGAAAUUGGAGAAGAUGUUUCAAAGAAAACUCAAAAAAUUAUUGAUGCUACCAAAGCAGCUGAUGAGAAAAUUUCAAUGGAAACGAAAAAAGUUGAAGAGAAAAUAGAAGAAACAGUUGCAGAUAUUACAGACAGCAUCAAAGACACUAAAGAUAAAGCGAUUGAAGGAGCAAAAGAAGAUAAGAAAAAAAUAAAAGAAAAGUUAGCAACACGUAUUGAUGCUGCUGCAGAAACUGUAGACAGUACAAAGAAAAAAGCAAUGAAGGAAGCAAAAAAAGCUAAAGAAAGAACAAGUGUGUUUCUCUCUGGCAUCUUUAAAGGAUCUAAACACUCCGUUGACGAAGCCGCUGACGAUGUUAAAGAUUUUACGGACGAGUUAAAGAAAGGAGCUCGAGUGGAAGAAGAAGAAGCUAAAGAAAAGAUUUUUGUGGAUUAUGAAGAUUUAAAAGAUAAAAAGGAUGCAGUAGUAACAAAAGAAGACGCCACAGAUCAAGUCGUAGCUGAUACGAAAAAUGCAAAAGAUAAAGCAAUUUCUACUCUUAAAGAUCAGAAGGAUAAAAUUGUUGAAGAAGUUUCCAAAGAUGUACAAAAAGUUGUUGAUGCUACAAAAGCAGUUGGUGAAAAAAUGACAACAGAAACAAAGAAAGUCGGAGAAAAAAUAGAAGAAACCGCGAAAGAUAUUGAACAAGCUGCCAAGGAGGCUAAAGAUGUAGCAACUAAAGAAGUAAAGGAAGGUACGAAAGUGACAAAAGAAAAAUUAACAGCAGCUGUUGAAGCAGUUGGGGAAGCUGCAGACAGUGCAAAAGAAAAAGCGACGAAAGAAACAAAGAAAACUAAAGAAAAAACAACUGGUUUUUUUUCCGGAAUCUUUAAAGGUGCAAAGCACGCCGUAGAAGAUGCAGCUGACGAUGUUAAAGAAUUUAUGGACGAAACCAAGAAAGAAGCUCAAUUAGAAGAAGAACGAGCCAAAGAAAAGAUUUCUACGGAUUAUGAAGAUUUAAAAGAUAAAAAGCAUGCAAUUGUAACAAAAGUAAAGGACGCUGUAGAUCAAGCUGCAGCUGAUACAAAGCGUGCAAAGGAUAAAACAAUUUCUGCUGUUAAAGAUCAAAAAGAUAUGGUCGUGGAAGAAAUUUCCAAAGAUACGCAAAAAGUUGCCGAUACUACGAAAGCAGCCGCUGAGAAAGUGACAACGGAAACAAAGAAGGUCGGAGAAAAAAUUAAAGAAACUGCGACAGAUAUUGCACAAGCUGCCAAGGAUACAAAAGACGCAGCGGCUAAAGAAGUUAAAGAAGAUGCACAAUUAGUGAAAGAAAAAUUGGCAGCAGGUGUUGAAGCAGCUGCGGAAAUGGCGGGCAGUGCGAAGGAUAAAACGUCAAAAGAAACAAAGAAAGCUAAAGAAAAAACAACUGGUUUCUUUUCCGGCAUUUUUAAAGGUGCAAAACACGCCGCUGACGAUGCAUCUCAUGAUGUUAAGGAAUUUUUGGAUGAGGCGAAAAGAGAAGCUUCUUUAGAAAAAGAACGUGUUAAAGAAGAUGCUGCGGCAGGUCUUAAAAGUUUAAAAGAUGAAAAGGAUGCAGUAGUAACAAAAGUAAAAGACGCUGCAGAUCAAGUUGCAGCUGAUACGAAACAUGCCAAGGAUGAAGCAAUUUCUGCUAUUAAAGAUCAAAAGGAUAAAGUUGUUAAAGAAGUUUCCAAAGAUGCGCAAAAAGUUGGCGAUGCUACGAAAGUAGCCACUGAGAAAGUGACAACGGAAACAAAGAAGGUCGCAGAAAAAAUAGGAGAAGCCGCGACAGAUAUUGCACAAAUUGCCAAGGAUACUAAAGACGCAGCAGCUAAAGAAGUAAAGGAAGAUACAAAAUUAAUAAAAGAAAAAGUGGCAACAGGUGCUGAAGCGGCUGCGGAAGCUGCGGACAGUACAAAAGACAAAGUGACGAAGGAAGCAAAAAAAGCUAAAGAGAAAACAACUGGUUUCUUCUCCGGUAUCUUUAAAGGUGCAAAACACGCUGCUGAAGAAGCAUCUGAUGAUGUCAAGGAAUUUUUGGAUGAUACGAGAAGAGAAGCUUCUUUAGAAAAAGAACGCGUUAAAGAAGAAGUUGCUGUAGGACUCAAAGAUCUGAAAGAUGAGAAAGAUGUAGUUUUAACCGGAGUUCAAGAAGCUGUUGACCAAACUAUUGGUGACGUGAAAAAUGCAAAAGAAAGAGCUAUUUCUGUUGCUAAAGAUAAGAAAGACAAAAUUGUAGAAGUAGUUUCAAAGGAUACACAAGAAAAUAUUGAUAUUACAAAAGCAGCUGGUGAAAAAGUAACGUUGGAAGUGGAAAAGAUCGAUGAGAAGAUAGAAGAAACUGCAGCGGAUGUUGCAAAAGCUGUCAAAGACACUAAAGUUACAGUAACUAAAGAAGUGAAAAAGGAUGCAAAGAAAUUAAAAGAGCAAUUGAUAGCAAGUGCUGACACUGCCGCGGAAGUUAUGGAUCAUGCAAAAGAUAAAGCAAAAGAAACAAAGAAAACUAAGGAGAAAACAGGUCGCUUUUUUUCUGGAAUAUUUAAAAGUGCAAAACAUUCUGUAGAAGAUGCAUCUGACGAUGUUAAACAAUUUUUGGAUGAAACAAAGAGAGAAGCAUCUGUUGAAAAAGAACUUAUUAAGGAAGAAAUUAUUGCUGAUCUCAAGGAUUUAAAAUAUAAGGAAGACGCUGUCUUAACUGAAGUUGAACAAGUCGCAGAUCAAACUAUCAUUGAUGUAAAAGGUGAUAAGGAUAGAACCAUUUCAGCUGCGAACGAUAAGAUAGAUAAAAUUAUUGAUAAAGUUUCCAGAGAUACACGGAAAGUUGUUGACACUACAAAAACAGCCGUUGAGAAAGCAGCAACAGAAACAAAGGAAGUCGGUGAAAAGAUAGAAGAAUCCGCGACAGAUGUUGCACAAGCUGUGAAAGACACUAAAGAUGCAGCAGUUGAUGAAAUAAAGGAAGAUGUAAAUUUAGUGAAAAAAAAAUUAACAAUAGGUACUGAUGCGACUACAGAAGCUGUUGAUAGUGCAAAGAAUAAAGUAGCAAAAGAAGCAAAAAAAUCUAAAGAGAAAACAAGUGGUUUCUUUUCUGGGAUAUUUAAAGGCGCGAAACAUGUUGUAGAAGAUACUACUGACGACGUUAAAGAAUUUUUAGAUGAAACAAAACAUGAGGCAGAAUUGGAAGAAGCUCGUGCUAAGAAAGCAGCAGCGGCUGGAUUGAAAGAUAUUGAACAUAAAAAAGAUACUGUCGUUACUGGUGUAAAAGAAACAACUGAUCGAGCUGUCACUGGAAUAAAAGACGCCAAAGACAAGACUAUUGCCGCAGCAAAAGAUACAAAAGAUCAAAUCACAGAAAAAGUUUUUGAAGAUAUUAACAAAGGUGCUGAUGCGGCCAAGACUACUAAAGAUAAAGUAACUUUAGAAAUGAAAGAAAUUAGUGAAAAAAUAGAUUUGACAGCGCAGAAUGUUGCACAAAAGGUCUCGGACACCAAAGAUGCGGUUGUUAAACAAAUGCAUGAUGAUACUAAAAAGGUUAAAGAGAAAUUGGCAGCAGGAGUCGAAGCCGUGGCCGACAGUGCUGAAAUCUCUAAGACUAAAACAACUAAAGAAGCAAAAAAAGCUAAAGAAAAAGGAUCUGGCUUUUUAUCCGGCAUAUUUAAAAGUGCAAAGCACGCCGCAGGUGAUGCCACUGACGAUGUCAAAGAAUUUUUUGAUGAGACUGAGAAGGAAAUUUUAUUAGAACAAAAACAUGCUAAAGAGAAAUCUACAGCUACUUUCAAGGACUUGAAGGACAAAGAAGACGCUGCAGUUACCAAAGUUCAAGAAGUUAUAGAUAGAACUAUCACUGAUGUGAAAGAUGCAAAGGAAAAAAUUAUUGAUGACAUUUCCAAAGAUACCCAAAAGAUUAUUGAUAUCACGAAAGCAACUGGCGAGAAAGCUGUAACAGAAACAAAGAAGAUUGAUGAAAAGGUAGAAGCAACCACGGUUAUACAAGAUGUUAAAGACGCGAAAGAUGCAGUGACUAAAGAACUGAAAGAUAAUGCAAAAUUAGUAAAAGAAAAGUUAACAACUAGUAUCGAUGCUGUAGCCGAUAGUGCUGAAACUACUAAAGAUAAAGCCGCGAAAAGUGCAAAAAAAGCUAAAGAAAAAGGAUCUGGUUUUCUGUCAGGUAUAUUUAAAGGCGCCAAGCAUUCCGUUGAAGGCGCUGUAGAUGACGUCAAAGAAUUUUUAAUUGAAACAAAACGCGAGGCAGAACUAGAAGAAAUUCACGCUAAAGAAGCAGCAACAACUGAAUUGAAAGAACUAGAACAUAAAAAGGAUGCUAUUGUUACUGAUAUAAAAGAUACAACUGAUCGGGCUAUCGCUGAAAUAAAAGAUACCAAAGACAAAACUAUCACUGCAGCGAAAGAUACGAAGGAUAAAGUCACAGAGAAAGUUUUUGAAGAUAUUAACAAAGGCGCUGAUAUGGUUAAGGCUACCAAAGAUAAAGUAACUUCAGAAAUAAAAGAAAUUGGAGAAAAAAUGGAUUUGACAGCGCGAGAAGUUGCACAAGAAGUUGCAGAUACCAAAGAUGCAGUUGUCAAGGAAGUACAGGAUGAUACGAAAAAAGUGAAAGAGAAAUUAGUAACGAGACCUGAAGCCGUGAUCGAUAAUGCUGAAGCAGCUAAGAAUAAAGCAACUAAAGAAACGAAGAAAGCUAAAGAAAAGGGAUCUCGUUUUCUUUCGGGAAUAGUUAAAGGCGCAAAACACGCUGUUGAUAGCACAAGGGACGAUAUCAAAGAAUUUCUGGAUGAAACAAAGCACGAAGCAAAAUUAGAAGAAGCUCGUGCUAAAGAAACUGCUGCUAGUGAUUUGAAGAAACUAGAACACGAUAAAAGCGUCAGUAGUAUAAAAGGCACUACGAAAAAAAUAGUAGCUGAUGUCAAAGACGCGAGAACUAAAAUUUCCGAGACAGCGGCCAAAACGACGAUUGCAGUUGAUAAGCUACCGACUAAAACGAAGAAAGUAAGUGAGAAAAUAGAAACUACAGAUAUGGCUCAUGAUAUAAGAAAAAAUCUUCCUGAAGAAAUAAAAGAGGAUACAAAGACGGUGAAGGAUAAAUUACUCAUGAGUGCUUCUAUCACGCAUGGUACCAAAACGGCUAAAGACGAGCUUAUGAAAGACUCCAAAGAAACGAAGGAUACGGGUUUGGAUUUCCUUUCUGAUGUUAUUCAGGACACAAAACAGACAGGAAAGGAAAUUUCCGAUGACGUGAAAGACUUUUUGGAAGUAAUCAGGCAGGAAGCAGCUUCUGAUGAAGCACUUGCUAGAGAAGCCGCAGCGGCAAGACAGAAAGAACUCGAACAAACGAAGGAUAAAAUCGCAGAUGAAAUUAAAACUGCUACUAGUAAGGCGGUGAAAGAUGUGAAAGACGCUAAGCAUAAGGAUCUUUCCAGUAUAAAAGGUGCGAAAAAUAAAACAAUUUCCACUGUAAAAGCAGCGGGAAGUAAAAUAGGACAAAGUGUGUCGCAAGCUGGUGAGAAAAUUAAGUCUACUGGUCAAGAUAUGACGCAGAAGACUAAACGCACUAAAGAUGCCGUCGUAAGCGAAACAAAGGAAGACGCACGAGUAGUUAAAGGAAAACUGGCAACAGGUACAGGUACAAUCGCCAGUGCGACGGAAACCGCUAAAACCAAAACCGUAAAAGAAGUUAAAAAGGUCAAACAAAAAGCAGGUGGUUUUAUAUCAGGUGUAGUAAAGAGUGCUAAACACGCAGUAGAAGACGCAACGGAUGAUAUGAAGGACUUUUUAGAAGAAACGAAACAGGAGGCAACCGCAGAGGAAGCUCGCGCCAAGAGCGAUCUUGCUCAAGCGAAAGAUAAAUCUACCAAGUCAACUGACGCGAAAGAAAAAUCUGUCGGCGUCGUCAAAACUGCAAGAAAAAGUCCCCCAAAAGUGACAAAACCACUAACGGAUGUGAAAGGCGCGGGUAAAGCUUCACCCAUCACUAAGAGAAUGAGCAAAGAAAUGCCAACGUCAGAAACGAGAAGAGGUGAUAAAGUAGGAUCGAAACGCACAAGCUCAGAGAGUGCUCAUGAGGUAGUUGGUCGUAGUUGGGAGGAUAGUCUUCGUAGGUCUGAUGUAGUUAGCAAACCGGCGACGUCCGGUGGCGUCGAGCAUUUAACCCAGACAGUUAGCGUUAAGAAAGUAUCUCGCAUUCCACAAAAGAUUAGUUCGGGUAAAGAGUCGAUCGCGGACGAUUCAGACACUUCGCGUAGAGUAGUAGAGAGUACAGUAACUACGAUAGGGCACCCCGAGCCUCGCACACGGCAAUCCGUCACCACAAUCGUGACAAAGUCUGUGCGAACGACCCCACCGCCACCCAGUUCACUCGCCGAGUUCACUGACAGUAGAACCGAAGACGUGACCAAAGAGGCUACGCGACGGGCACAAAACCUGGCGGACCAGGCGUACACCUCGACAAAAACAGGGCAUGAUUCGGCUGAGAUUGAUGGGACUGUAGAGAGGCAUGCUACUUCUGCUCCAUCAAAACAACCUGUUCCCGCCCCGCGUCAUUCUACCACCAAGCCGUCUACUAAACCCGAGUUCUAUCUAGAGCUCAGUGAUGUCUCACGAACACGUAAAACGGUCGAGCAGCCGCCCAAGCCAGAAGCGCAGUCGCCGAGCAAGAGCAAGAUACCGCUUAAAAUCGACCCUCGCGUGUCUAAAUUGAGCGAUUCCGAAUCCGUCCAGUUAGAAUCUUCAGAAGAUCGUGUUAUUGGUCCACAAGCGGCUUCGCGAUCUAUCAAAUACAUCACCAAGGAAUACGCGGACGAAUUGAUCGAAGAGACGGUAGAAGAAAAGAGAAAAGUAUUGCUGAGCGAUGCAGCCCAAACGGAUGAUCUGACUGAGACUAUUACAAGGAAUAAGAUAGAAAUGAUUCCCUCGGUGGAACAAAUACGACAAACAACGAAGAUAACCAGUGAUCUAUCGAUCGAUCCUGCAAAACUUGAAGAGCUUUUAAAGACGAGCGACACCAUAGAGACAAUGAGAACCGUGACGCUGACGUCGGAAGUUGAUGCUUUGCAACCUGUAACGCGCGAGGAGAUUGUCAAAAGGCUAAACCAGGUCGCUGACACGCUACCGAGUAAGAUUUUCAAUUUUGGCGACAAGUUUCCGGACUCUUCCACCACUACAAUAAAGACUGACGAUGUUAUGCAGACGGUCACAACUGUACAACGCCAGACAACAGAAACGCCGGAGAUUGAGAGAACUGAGAGGGUAAUAAGAACGGUGAUCUCUAGCAGCGAAGCAGGCGAUACGGAGUCCGCUCUGAGAAGUCUCCAAGAGCAAUUAACGAAAUCCGAGAUCGGGGAGACCGCCUCUUGGAUAGCGGCGAACGAACAGUGGGGGACGCAGUAUUCCCAAGACACGUCACCCGGUUCCGGGAACGACGGCGGCGCUGACACGUUCGCCAGCAGCAACAACAACAAUAACAACAACAAGAAUGAUGGUAGUUCGAGACACGAUAUACACAGCGACACCGAUAGUGACGGUUCGCCGCAACCUAGAAGAAGAUCUCCGAGCAAGAGGCGUACGUUGGGCAGUUCCAGCGGGUCGGAUGUAGCACUGCACGAAGGUGCGGAGCUGUCCCCGUUGGAGGACGACCAAGAAUCUGACUUUUUGCAACAUAGCGAGCCAUCCUUCAUGGAAACGACAACGAUCGAGGUGGAUCCUGUUACUCAGGAAAGCAUAACAACGACUACGCGAACAGAAACGAGGACGAUAUCGUCUACUGGAGCCGGUGGCACAGAUGAUUUGCGGGAAUCGAUGCAGAAGAUUAUGGAUACAUUCAUGACAGAGGAGAAGAAGGAUCAUUAGGAAUAAUGCACGCGUUCUGCCCUUCGAAUUUACGAUGAAAAAAACAAGAAAUCGACGUUGAUCCCCUCGUCGAUCCUUGGAUCCCUUUAUCAAGGAAAGCAUUUCGAUAGACAUUGGACUCGACGCGUCCUCGGGCGUCGAGAGAUGGUUUAUGAUCUUGGGGGUGAAAACACUUCACCCUCUCGGGGUGCUACCUUUCUUAAGCCACACAAAAUAUGCACAAUGGUUUACUAUCACGCUCAUGGCCUACGCUUCGAAUUUGCUUGCCUUUCCAUUCCGCUCGGUUGCCUUACCCUUUUACGUUCGUCGAAAUCUCGCGAUCUAUGAUAAUAAUGAUGAUAACGAAGAUAAUGAUGAUGAUGUAUCUGCGUAUGUCGUUGCUAGUCCGACUAGCCGAUUCGCGCUAGUCUUCACUAUGCCAACCCGUCCAUGUAUGUAUGCAACGCCUUUCUCGUAUUGUCUGAAGCUAUAAUGCGAAAUGGAAGGGAAAAAAGUAUCGAGCGAAAACGAUGGAAAAUGUCAGGAAGGAAGAAAUGCGAAAAAGGCGGGAACGCAAGACAAAAUAAGAUCGAACGAGUCUGCCGAUAUCAGCGAUCGUCUAAAUUAAUAAGAUUUUCGCGAGAAUAGCUCUGUUAAGCUUUAAGAUAGUUAUACUCUAUCCGCGCAAUAUAUUGCUUAAUAGAUCGGCAUUACACAAUAUAUAUAUUAUAUAUAUAUUUUUUCUUUAUUAACACUUUCGACGGUUGACAAAAUUUUCGAAAACGGAAAUAAGGAAUAAAUUUCUUGUUGUUACUCGACUGAAGUCGUGAGUUCAGGCACAAUAAAAAAAAAA